GGCUGGAGUUCGUAUGCCAAUUUCCCUCUACACUGCAGGGCACGCGACAUGGAACCUCAGAAGCCUACCUUACCUACAUUAAUAAUUAGGCUCCUAGGCAGCCCACCAACCAGAAGGUCGCUCUUAACGCUCUGUGUGCAUUUGUGUGCGCCUGAGGUUUGAGGCAGAUCGCGAGGCAGAUUGGACGGUCCAAUAGCAAACCGGACUGAAGCUUUGGACUGCACUAACGAACGAAGCAGGUACAGCCAGUGCUGCGUUGUUGACGGCUGCAUGUAUGCAGCCCAUAGCAAUGCUUCGUCUUUCACCAUGAACUGCCUUGUUGAAGCAGAACAGCUCACAAAACAAGUUGGAGCGCUCGCCUUUCUCCCCGGAUCGUCUCACAAGAAGUCAAGCACAAUUCAACAAAGAGUUCAAUCUUCUCUCUUUUAUCGUUGGCAUUGUGUGCAGGCUCUUGAAGCUGAUAACUUCGAUGGAGACGGUCGGAGUUGCCUUGGGCGCCGUGCCCCUUGUAAUCGAGCUCUUUAAGCAAGUCAUCAACGCCUACCACCUCUUUCUUGAGGGCAACAAUCUUGAAAAAUCGACGACCCAUUUCGCUAUGAAGUUGGCCAUUGAGAAGCAUCGUUUGCUCCGCUGGGGUGAGAGCUUAGGCCUUUGCAACCCGGACUCGAUAAGCGCCAAGUUUGGCAGUGGCACGAGUAUUUUCAAGGACGAACAGCUGGUCAAAGUCAUCGAGCAAACUCUCCAUUGCAUUCACGACAUCUUCUGCGACGUGGGCCCUCUUACAAAAAAGUAUGGGGUCGAUGUCGUGUCCAGUGAAUCUGGCGAAUCGAGCAAUCCGCAGAAUUGUGAGGAACCAGCACCGAGCCAACCGACUAAAUUGUUGCGGUCAAGGAAGAGGAAGAGUACCUCACAAGCUGCUAUAAAUGGGAAGCGGCCGAGGCUCAGCCUAAGCAGAUUUCAGUGGGCCAUAAGGGACAAGGACGCCUUCGAGAAGCUCCUCUUGGAUCUCAAGUACUACAACGAUAGUUUACACGCUCUUCAUCCGCCCGAAAUUGCGAUCACUCUGUCGCGAGAUACCCUAGGAUCACUGAUCCAAACGGCGAGUCCCGAAAUGCUGGAAAACUUUGGACGCCUCAAUUCAGCUGAAGUUUCCUGUCUACCGUACAAGCCAAGGGAGGCGGCGAUUUUCCAGAGUCUCCCGCAAACAGCCUCUAUUGCUCUGGCGAUUCACAAGAAACCGAGCAGCGACUCCUGCUUCCCGAAGGCCUGUGAUCAACACGCCAACGGCAUAAUCCCUUGGAGACAGCUUCAUCCUUUGGGGGAACUCUUCGGAGAAUGCCGUCGCGCCCUGUGGCAGGACCCCUCAGGUCGAGACUCUCAAGUGACCCUGGUGUUCCUUGAGUCUGUAUUAAAGGGUCCCGAAGCUUGCACUUACGAUUUCAGAAAAUCAGAGCUAUAUCAGCAAAAGCUCAUGCAACUGAGACAACUUGCAUCAUUGCUUGCCCAAACCGGAAAUCCCGAGCUUUUCAGAGUCAUGCGGUGCCGCGGGAUAACAACAGGCCCGGACCGUCUCGACAUCGUCUAUGAGCUGCCUCCCGGGGCUUCAGCAUCCGGAAGAUGUCUGAGUCUCGCGAAUAUACUACAGGAGCCAAAUGUUGAAAUAAAAUUCAAGUGGAAUCCUCGCCCCAGCCGGCUGACACUUGCUCGGGAGCUCUGCUCGGGCAUCUUCCACUUCCAUUCCUGUUCCUGGAGGCAUAAGGACAUAUCGUCUGAAAAUAUCAUCUUCUUUGAGUCCAUUACGGGUUACAUCGAUAUACACCGGCCAUAUCUCAAGGGAUUCAAGAAAGCGCAAAUAAUAGACGAGACUACGCAUCAUGGUAGAAUCCGUGUGCCGAUACGCCAACACCCUUACUACUUGUUUCGGAAGGCGCUUUCGGAGGCAGGGCUUCUGCCCCAGAUAAACAAUUAUUUUCGGUUUCGGCACGAGUAUUACUCGCUGGGCUUGGUUCUUUUGGAACUCGGCCUUUGGGAAACUCUCGGGGCUAUUUGGAAUCCAGCAAAGGCGGCAAAUCAUGUGCGCCAAGUAGUAGAUUACUGCGACAACGAAUCCAUGGAAGCAUGGAAGAUAGUCUCUGCAAUAAUUUCGAGGACAGACGAACGGGGCUUGGAAUGUGAGCAGACAAACCGGCAGCCGGAUGUUUACGAUGGUCUCCCAAGUGCCAUCAAGCAAUGCUUUGACCACUUCAAAUCCGCCAUUGAGCAGGAGCAAGUGGUUGAGCCACUGCGGGAGACCAGUCUAGCGAACGACCGAAAAAAGUGCGAAAAGGUGCUUAACCUAUGGUUGUCCUGUUACGAGGAGAGGAGUGCCUACAUCCACAACACAGCCAUCCAGCAAGCAGAAGAAUUCUUGGAGGCGACCAUGGGACGGAGGUACCAACAGCUUGUCCUGAGAUGUCUGAGGUCGGAAUUCGAACUUCCAUUGUCGGCAGCGGAGGAUCAGUGGGUCAGGCAUUUCAACUGGAUGGUGGUUAGGGAGCUGGAAGCAUGCUGCUUGGAGGAGACGAAGAAAUUGGACCUUGCGCCGCAGUCACAAGACUCUUUGCAUCUAGAAGGGACACGGUCGUAGUAUCUGACCAGCUGGAGCUGGCCAGGAUGAACAAUCGGGUUUCUUGUCUUUAGCAAUUCUGUACCCAGCCAGUGCUUCAUCAAACCAAGAGACCGCACGGUACGUUACGAGUCUUAAGUUUUCGGGGGUUAACCCAGGUUCCGCCAAGCUUGUCAGGUUUCACGGGACUUGUCCUCACUUACACGAGGACCGAGGAUAUAUCUAUCUACGAGUUGUAUUCCAGAGCCACUACCUUGCUAAGUCUGUAGUUUACAAUCCAUUAUUUUCCACG